GCCGAGCCCACAGUCUGAGAGCCAUGGAGCCGCGGUGACGCUCACCGGUGUGUUACAGCUGAUAUAUCAGUAAUUAUCGAUUAAGAGCAAACCCUCCCUCAAGACUGCUGGGGCCCCGGUUGUGGAACUACCUGUCUGCAGCAGUGUGAGGAGAAGUGUGUGUCCCAUGUUGCAUUAGUGUCUGUGUGAAAUGCUGGCCUGUCUGCCGGGGCCAGGUGACCUCCCCCUCCAGCUUCUCCCCCACACGCAGAUGAACACUGGACUUCAGAAAUGGGACACCACACAAAGGAUGAGAUCCGCUCCAUUUCCAACCCCUGCAGAAUUGGAUGCAUAUGCUAAGAAGGUUGCCAACAACCCCCUCACCAUCAAGAUCUUCCCCAACAGCGUCAAGGUCCCCCAGAGAAACCACGUGCGCCGUACGGUCAACGGGCUGGAUACGUCAGGCCAGCGCUACAGCCCGUACCCGUCGUCUCAGGCCAGUGCCAAGACCGGCCUCCUUGCUAUCGUCAAGGUGCCCACAGUCAAAGGCAUCCUAAAGGAUUUCGACGGCAGUCGGGCUCGCUUGCACCCUGAAGUCAUCAUGAACCCCCCCACGGGACCGUACCAAGUGGCUUCGACCAGCACUUUAAACCACCACCCGACUCUGCCGAACCUUCCCCGGUCGCAGCAAAGCUUACCCCUCCAACCGCAGGACCCACCUCAGACUCUACAGAUGCCCCUCCCUCAGCACCAGGGUCACACCCAGAGCCUCAGACACCCUCCCCCCAUGGCCCAGCACCCUCAGGGCCCACCCAGACUUCAGACUCUGUCUCAGCACCCAGCCCUUGGCCAACCGCAGGGGCCCCCUACUGUCAUGCUUCAGCAGCAGCACCUUCAGCAGCAGCCGCCGCCCGGCCUGCAGGGGGGCAGAAAGCUGCCAGAUGGCGAUGCACCACCUAAUGUUACCGUUUCUACCUCAACCAUUCCACUCUCAAUGGCCGCUGGGCUGCACCAGGGCCACCAGGCCGACUUGAGCACCAUCGUGCAUCAGAUCAACCAGUUCUGCCAAGCUCGAGCCCAAGGCGCAGGAGCCACCUCCAUGUGCGAGGGCCAGAUCGCCAACCCCAGCCCCAUCAGUCGCAAUCUGCUUAUCAGCGCCUGCUCCAGGGUCUCCAUGCACAGCAACCCUGCCACCCCUGGCUUCCCCCCACCCAACUGCAUUAUUGGCGCUCAAGAGAAAGCCACGGCCCCGGUGGGAGCCCACCCUCCGCCCAGCGUGGCUGCUAUGAACCACUUGCCUUCCAGCCACACUGAUCUCAAGCAGCAACACCACCUGCAGCAGCAUCUGAAUCAGCAGCAGCAGCAGAUACAACACAACACGCAGCAGCAGAAGAUGCGCUCUUGGAAUCAGCACCAGUUGGCCCACGUACCCCACAUUCAGAACGGUGGGACCCACCUCUGCAAGCAGCCUUCCAGGGACCCCACCUUCCAUUUUAAGGGCAUGGGCUACCCUGCAGAGGUGUGUGUGGGUCAGCCUUACACACUGAAACCUCCCAUAGAGAGGCCCACCCCCUCUCCCCCCGUCAACAACAACGGCAUGCCCGGUCCCAUGGCCCACUACACUAAUGGUCACUACUUCCAGUCCCACAUUUGGAACAGCAGCAUCCUCCCCACACCCAACAGUGACAGCUCCGGGUCUCAGGACGUAGCCAUGCCAUUCCACGGUGCGGGCCCAGGGGGCUGCACCACGCUAGACUGUGGGCCCCCUGGGGCUCCCCAUUACAGGCUAGGAGCGAGCUCCUCCUCCACCCCCUCCACCCAGACGACUCUGAUGCAAACGGCAGAUUACUUGGGUGGGGACUUCCAGACGCCCUACUUCCGCGAUCAGAAUCUAGGGUUGAUGGGCAAGAUGCAAAGGCCGACUCUGAGCAGGGUCGGGCCAGAGGUUGGGGAUGGCAGAACCGCUCUCAUCCAGCACCCAGGGUACAGAUAAGCUAUGGCCUUGUCUCCACAACAGUUAUCAAACCCCUUUGUUUAGUCUUAAGAAAGGAAACACGUGAAUAAAACUAAAUUGAUAACUUAAACAAAUGACCGCUAAUGUUAAAGAGGGUAAAUUAAUAUAUUUAAUGAAGAACAGUAUUUUUUGUUCUUUUUUUUCAAUAAAUCUUGCAAGUGAUCAAUUGCUACUUUUUAUUUUUUUUGUUAAUGAUGAGUGCUUCACCUGGCACUUUAGGGAACUUUUUUCAUGUGCGUGUGUGAACAUGUCUGUACUGUGUGUGUCAUUCCCUCUAUCACACUCGUCUAACUGUGUGCCUGGGUCUUAACUGAUCCUGCGUUAUUUCAACUUCAGUCCUAUCAGUGAAGUUUUCUUAUGCAUGUAAGAAAGAAGAAAAGCAGAUGGAUCCCUGCUCAAACAUUUACAGACGGGUGUUUUUUUUUUUUUGUUUUGUCAGGAAUUUUUUGGUUUUGUUUUAUCAGACAAGUGACUAAUUUUCAUUUUUGGUGUUGAUGCUCAGAUCUCAUAUUAACUCCAAGAUCAAACACAAUCAUUAGAGGACUUAACAGAGAGUAAUGAUCUUGUUACAAUGCAAAGCUAUCAGACACUGGAGACUACAAACCACAGCUUGCAGUAUGCACAUGUACACCGAGGUUUCAUUCUUUUUAAAUGUAAUUAUUUAUUAUUCAAGGUAGAUUCCUCUCUGUCAGUUAAGGAAGCAUGUAAUCAAGUUGUUUGUACAUAGUAAAGAUCCAGCAGGGAGCAAAUAUGUUUAAAAAAGAAAAAGAAAAAAAAAAGGUGAUGCUCUGAUCUGCUUUCAAUGCUGCAACGAAUUCAGGUGUUUAAAAAAAGACUUUUGUCAGUGCCAGGAAGGAUUGGCAACAAGACGGCGAAAGGUUAAGUGCAGAAGAAGCUUAACUCUCAAACCUUAAAAUGGCCAAAGUCAGGUUAUCAAGGACACGCGGUUAUGAAGAUGUGCCAUUUUGUUUUUGUUUCCUUUUUCAGAUCAUUUCUGUAACCAUGACAAAUGUAUUACUUGAAUGUUGAGAUUCUUUGUUUUGAAGGAGACGGCUUAGUGACGAGGACAAAACUCUGGAGUAGAAGAAAUAAUAGUGUUACUAAUGUCAUGUAGAGUCUAACCAGAGUUUUGAUCCCGACAGCAGGAACUUAAGUGAAUUAAGUUUUGUGUAGUUGCUACUGAUUCUGAUGUGAAGUCCGGCUGAAAAGACCAAAUUGAUCACUUGCAAGAUCAGAGGUAAACAAAACUGACUUUUGAGUUUAAAGUGAAACAGCAAAUGCAUUGUUUAUUUUAUUGUACACUGGCUUACCUACUAGACUACUGUAACUUUAAAAAAUUUAAUGAUUGUGUGUGUGAAUGUUGCCUGCUGAUGUGGGUAGAGUUCAGGGUGAGUGUGAGUGUGCGUGUGUGUGCGUGCGUGUGUGUGUGUAAGAGAGGGAGAGAGAGUGUGUGUGUGUGUGUGUGUGUGUGUGUAUAAACACAAUGACGCCCAUGUUUUGUUCACCUAACUCCCUAACAGCCCUUAAAAAGCCUUAAGUGUUUGGUCCUUGGACUUUCCUUUGCAAAUGAGCAUGGUUUUACUGAAAACCCCAAACAAUAAGGAGAAAGAAGAUGGUAAGGAUACACAGAAACAGCAUUUUCUUUUCUGGUCUUUUUAAUUUUAUGAAGUUUUGUUGAAUAGACAGGCAAUUCCUUAGAGAUUCUUUAUUAUGGAAAGCAAGAAAAGGAGUAAUAUUUUGUAAUUAUAUAUUUUAGCAACGUGUAGUUACAGAGCUGUAACUUUUUUUUUUCCAAGUUUCAAAGCUUCAGUUUGCAGUUGUGACUAUUUAUAAUACUUGAUUUGCUUGUUAUUUAAAUUUUAUUUUCUCCUUUGUUUCUUGUACUAUUGCUGUGAAAUGGAAGAAGGUCCAUAAGCCUUUCUUUUGUGUCAUUCUGUACGACAGAUAAGAGGCAAGAGCGUGAGAGUUGUGCUACUCUUUUUGUAAUAUUGUAAUAAUAAAAUAAAGUUCUAAUUUAUGCUUUGAA